AUGACUUCGAAUAAUGAAAAUGCAUUUUGGAGGGAGGAUUGGGAAAGUGCAGAAAGCACGCUUUCCAAAAACCCGUUGAGCACCUUUCCAUCCUUUCCUUUAAGAAUAAUGCGUGUUAGUCAAUUAGAUGCUGAGUUGUUAGAUUCUGAAUUGUUUGAUACGUUAAAAGAACAACUAUGGCAGAUAUUUUCACUAUUCAAACCUUGGUUUAAAGAAACAUUUGAACCAGAAUUACUUGCCAUAUUACAACUAAUAAUGUAUCGAUUUUCAAUAUAUGAGACAGGAGCAUCUUACGGAGCGCAAUUAUUAAAUUUAAAAUAUCGAAAUGAGAAACAACACGGAGGAGGAUUGCAAUCAAUAGCAAAGGAUGCACCAUUAACAAAAUUUCAAAAGUAUUUAUAUGGUAUUGUGACAGUUGGAGGACAAUAUGUUUUGAUGCGUAUAAAUAGAUUGGUGAUAGCUCAAGGAUGGAGUGAGUUAGAUGAGGAUGAUCCGCGCAAAAUAUUUUGGAAAUUUUUGCAAAAAUUAGAAAAUUUAUAUAAAAUGUCAUCACUAGUAAAUUUCUUAAUAUUCUUAUAUAACGGAAAAUACCGAUCUAUUUUUGAUCGAUUAUUUUCAAUGCGUCUGGUAUAUGCUCGUAGAGCAAUAAACCGACAAGUUAGUUUUGACUUUCUAAAUCGACAAUUGGUCUGGCAAACAUUCACAGAAUUUCUUUUAUUCUUGAUGCCGCUUAUCAAAUUACGUAAAGUCAAAAACAUUUUAAAACGUAAUCUUCUUCCAGCAUCUUAUACCAAAUCACGCACACUCGAUUUCUUGCCAUUGCAUAUCUGUGCUAUUUGUCAUGAAAAUCAAUCUGCUCAAUCUACCUUAACCAAUAGUUCUGGUGGUGGUGCUGCAACAACAAUGCUUUCUACAAAAAUUAAUAACCCAUAUGAAACAAACUGUGGUCACAAGUAUUGUUAUUACUGUAUUAAAAUCAAAUUAAUCCAGGAAGAUGGAAGUUGGCAAUGUUUAAGAUGUGGUGAAGAAUAG